AACUUCUCCAACGCUCUCACCAAGAACAUAGUGGCCAUGUUGGUGUGGCUGGCCCUGAGCAUCAUCAACAGCAGCAUGGUGCACACCUUCCUCCGACACAGUCUCUUCUAUGAGAACCCGCGGUACAUCAUGUUCAUCUGCAUGGUGUUCAAUGAUGCUCUGCAGCUGACUCUGGUAACAGCGCUGUACGUGGUCAGCUACAUCUUCAGGAAGAUCCACACCUCCGUCUGCUGCCUUCUGAUCAUGACGGCUGUCCUCACCACCCGCUCCACGCCUCUCAUCCUGGCUGGCAUGGCCGUGGAGCGCUACAUCUCCAUCUGCUUCCCGCUCCACUACAGCCAGAUGUGCACGGUCCCCCGCACGCUGCUCCUCAUCGGCAUCAUCUUCAUCCUCACCGCCACACCACCCAUCACCGACCUCCUCAUCACCAUCGUCAAGGAGCCUCCCAGUUUCUUCCACACCACCAUCUUCUGCGACCACUCGCUGCUGUUCCGCGACAGGUCCAUCUACUAUAAGAACUGUGUGUUUGACGGGGCCUACCUCUCCUUCGUGGCCCUCACGCUGCUCUACACCUACUGUAAGAUCAUGCUGACGGCAAGAGCUGCAUCCACAGGUCUGGCCUCUGUGAAGAGAGCCAGGAACACCGUGGUGCUGCAUGGGGUGCAGCUGUUGCUGUGCAUGCUGGCCUUCGUGGUUCCCUCCCUGCAGGCUGCUCUCAUCUCCCUGUUCCCCCACCUGAGCUUGGAGAUCCGUUACAUCUUCUUCCUGCUCGUCUACAUCAUCCCUCGUUUUCUGAGCCCUGUGAUCUACGGCUUUCGGGACGAGCAGUUCAGGAAGUACUGGACCCGGUACUUGUCUUGUCGGAGCUGCAGCAUCUUCAAGGUCAGGCCGGUGCUGCUGAAGGUGAACCUGUAG